AACGGGACGGGCCGGGGAGCUACGAGCUCUGCACGGCUCUGCCGGCCCCGAGACGGUGCGGACGACCGACGACGUCCAUUCAGCGAGGCACGUGAUCUUGACCGAGAGGGGACGGCGAGCCGGGGCCGGCAGAGACGGUCAUCUGAGGCCUCUACUUACCACCGAACUGUGACAAUGCGUUGGUGGCUCUCUCUGGGCUGCCUGUGGAGCUGCUUCCUGCUUCUACUGGCUCUGAUAAACUAUCACUUCUACCAGUCAUGUGACAGCCCUCAGACCACCCAACUCUGGUCCACACCAGCCAACAGCCACACCCAGGCUCGGGACAACCUCUCCGACUACUGGACAUCUCGCAGCAAACUCUUAACUGCCGACCAGCUCCUGGAGACAGGUGGCACAGUGGUGCUCCAUGGUGCUGAACAGCAAGUCAAUGACCUUCUGACUGUGUUCAAAAGGGAGGAGUACAAGGAGACUCCAUUUGAGGCUGGCAGGCACUUUAUGAAUGCACGGGAGGAUAUAGAAAAGUCAAAUGUCUUUGAGCUCAUCCGCAUGAUGCCUAAAGGCAGCAUGCUGCACAUUCACGACAUCUCGAUGUUGUCUGUAGAGAAGCUGGUGUCCAACAUCACCUACAUGGACCACCUUUACCUCUGCAACUCCACUCAGUCGUCGGGUGAGCCGGACGUACGGCUGCAGUUUUUCGCCGCCCCGGACACGACCUGUGAUUGGCUGCUGCUGAGUGACGUCAGAGCGUCCCUCGGAGCCGGUCCGGUGGACCAGUGGCUGAUUGGACAGCUAUCCAUGAUCGUGGAGCAACCCGAUGACGUGUACGAGGACCUGCACAGCUCGUGGGCGGCCUUUGACGGCGUCAUCAGCCGGGUGCGGGGCAUGAUUCACUACGAGCACGCCUGGCGACGGGUGAUCAGUCUGGCACUGCAGGAGAUGGCGGACGAUAACAUCCAGUACGCGGAGAUUCGCUCAUCCCUGCCUCAGCUGAGUGACCUGUCGGGUAACCUGUACCCGGCCUCCCACACCAUCGACAUUUACCGGGCGGCGCUUCUCGAAGCGGCCAGUAGUGACCAGGGUAACCGGUUCUGGGGAGGACGGGUCAUCCUGGCCAUGAGCAGACACGUCUCACCCGAACAGGUGUCAGCGGACGUGGACCGUGUGCUGCAGCUGCACGCCGACCAGCCCGACCUGGUGGCCGGGUUCGACCUGGUGGCAGAGGAGGACUGCGGCGCUCCGCUGAAGGAGUUUGUACCACAGCUACUGCGGCUGGCGGAGAACGGAGUGCAGACUUUCUACCACGCCGGAGAGACAUAUUGGCUGGGCACUGACGUGGACGAGAACCUGUACGACGCGAUCCUGCUGAACGCCUCCCGCGUCGGCCACGGGUACGGCAUCGUCAAACACCCGCUGCUGAUGAGGGAGGCGGCGCGGAGAGGCGUGGCCAUGGAGGUGUGCCCCAUCUCCAACCAGGUUCUGGGUCUGGUCAGUGACCUCCGUAACCACCCGGCGGCUGUACUCCUCGCCUCCGGCCUCCCUGUGGUGGUAUCGGCCGACGACCCGGGCGCCUGGGGUGCCGCCGGGCUCUCCUACGACUUCUACCUGACGCUGAUGGCGCUGGCCGGCCGGCGCGCCGACCUGAGCACGCUCAAAGAGCUGGCCAUCAACUCCAUCAGGUAUUCGUCACUGCCAGACGCUGAGAAACAGCAGUUGGGAAUGGAGUGGAACAAACGCUGGGACGAGUUCAUUAACCAGGUGGUCGACAAGUAUCAGCUCAAGACGUAAGGCUGGUUGGCGCUGCACGAUGCACUAGCUGCUGGUAAAUGACACAGUAUCAGUUGUUUGACACAGUAACAACGGGCUGUACUUGGCACAUCAGUAUGUAAUUAACAUUUGACAGUCCUAGCUGAUAUUUGACACAGUACCAGGGUGUAUCUGGUAUCUGAUUGACACAGAAGACGCACUUGCCAAAUGACAGGGUAGGCAAUCAAAUACCGGGGAAGGGACACACAGGGCGGGUUUAUAGUCACGAAUGGUUGUGUGAUGUGAAGUGAUGAUGACGAUAUGCAAUAGCAGUUAGAGUUAGGGAGACUGACGAGUGACCGAAAGGUGCAGAUUUACUUACGCUUUUAGUUUACCUCCACUGUUCGUUCCAUUGAAUAGGUAGAACGAACCAUUGGACCGUUUGUUUGAUUUUUCGCUACUUAUUAAAGCUCCCUACUUAUUUCUUCGUUAUGUGCUGACAUGUUAGUAUACAGUGUUUUGAUGACGAAAUUGGUUUAUUGUUUUAUUUUGAACCGACUCUUGGGUUGUAAUUGAGUAAUGACUAUGCCGCGGCUGUACGAGGGGGUACCCAAAAGAAACGGGAAUUGUUUCAUAUCUGUUCAUUCACUGAUCCCUACACAUCGUCACUCAUGUCAUUCUUAAAGUACUCUCCCUGCGAGACAAUGCACCUAUGCAGACGCGUUUUCCAGCUCUCAAAGCAGCUCUGGAACUCUUGCAAGGUGAUGCCUUGCAGAGCCAUCGUCGUUUUUGCUUUUACCUUAUCAAAGUCGUCGAAAUGGUUUCCCUUGAGGUCUUUUUCAUUCUGGGGACCAGGAAAAGGUCACAGGGUGCCAAAUCCGGUGAAUAGGGAGGGUGGAUCCGUGGGUUCAUGCAUUUUUUGUCCAAAAUUGUCUGACACUCAAGGCGGUGUGCGCUGGCACACUGUCGCGAUGAAAUCGCCACUCCCCGCUUCGCCACCUGUCGGGGAGUUUUCGUCUCACCGUGUUUCACACACGCCGCAGAACGUCCAAGUAAAACGUCUUAUUGGCAGUUUGACCAGUGAGGAACAAUUUCCUUUUGCACACUUCCCAUUGCAUCGAAAAAACAAAUCAGCAUUGUCUUGACAUUUGACUUCACUUGACAAGCUUUUUUGGGGCGCUUUUGGGAUAACAUUUGACCACUUUUGAAGUGCGAAAAUCAUUCAUAAACCCGCGUCUUGCUCACGGCAGCAUAUUUGUAUGCUACUUGAAGCAUUGGAACCGUUUCAGUCGCGGACUUCCCCAGCAGGAAACAAAAUUUCACAGAUGCGCGUUGUUGCUCAGUUCCGCUAUGCAUAAAAAACGACGGAUCGGGCGGGAGUGCUUCAAUAAAUACGUGCGCCACGCGGCCGCGCUUCUUUAUUUCGUCACCUCACGGUGCAGGCUAAGUCCCAGGGGCCAGACUGGUUUGCCCCUAGCAGGGCAAUGCCGAGCUACAACUGGCUUGGCCUACAGAGAACGAUUCCCGUUACUUUUGGGUACCCCCUCGUAUUAGCAAUCAGUAGCAAUUAUAGAACAGUGAUGACGUGAAUUAAAUGCCAGGUGAUGCCUUAUCACUGUGACUUGAUUGUGUUCCAUUGUUGUGACUUGGUCAGUAACAAGGGCUAGUGACGCUGAACGAUGUUUCCAAUGUUCCUCGAUUUACUUGCCGAUCUUUUGGUUUGUUUGACUUAAUUUAACUGAAUAAUCUGAGUCAUGUUUCGAUAAAAGCUGUGAUGCGUGUGUGUGAUAUUAUGAAUGUCUUGUUUUGCUUAGUCAUUGAUGUGAAUCUAAAAGUUCUUCCAUGGUAACAGGACAAUGAGAUGUGAAUGAGUUUGACUUAUUGUGUAUUGAUAUUACACGAGGCCAGUUACUAUGUGUAUAUGCGCUUUGUUGCUAAUGUAUUAUUUUAUUUACGUUCGUCUAACUAUGCCUAAGGUGGUUGCAACAUUGAUUUAAAAAAUUGUUUAAUUUCUAUAUUUUUGCGUAUAGAUCGUUAAGGUACAGACUGCUUAUUGCCAUGCUUUUUCAGUCAGUAUUUCGCCAUGCUUAAACAUAAUACGUUAUUGAUAACGACUUAGGCAUGUUCCUAAUUGAUGAAUAAAUAUGCAAGCGAUGUA